UUGGACCGGAGCGGAACAUCCGAGCUGCGGCAGCAACAAUGUGUUCCGUCCAGCCUCUGAGAGACUUCAUCCGGGAGAGACUGACCGCCGCGGCCGAGGAGAUCUUCUCCGAGGUGGAGCGGACCAUCGGCCGCUUCGAGGAGGAGCUGGACGCGCAGCGCAAGCUGCUGGCGGUGUGCCUGAAGCCGCAGGUCCGGCUGCACAGGAUCGAACAUCUUCAGCACCACGUUUGUAAGGAGGAGGUUCUAACGGGCUACGAGAGUACCUGCAGUCUGGACCGGGCCGAACCAGAACCUCUACGCAUCAAAGAGGAGCAAAUGGAACCAAACCACAUUCUGAUCAGACCCGACCCAGAAGAACCAGAACCUGGACAGCUCACAGAGACUCAGCCGGAACCAGGAGCUCCACAUGUAGGAGAAGCUGCAGAGGAACCAGAACCUUUCCAGAACCUGGACGAUCAGGAGGUUCUGUCAGAACCAGACCGGCCACAGAUCAUAGACGACCUGGGAGAGUUAGAAUACCUGGACUUUGACGAGUACCUGGACGACCCGGAAAGUCCGCAGAUCAUAGAUGACCUGGAAGAAUCAGAACUUCUAGAAACAGAACACGGCCUGGAAGAACCAGAACCGCAGAACAGAACCAGGAAAGUGGAAUUCUGGACCCGACACGAUGAUGAGGGUCUGCUGCUGAGGAAGGAGUUUGAUACCUUUGUGCCUCGACAGAGAAAAUCCAAACCUGAAGAACCGGUACCAGGUUCUGACAGCCUAGCAGAAAUCCAACAGAACUACAUCUAUGGGGACGAGGUUCUGGCUGAGCAGGAACGGAACUUCAGUCUGGACCUGAAGGUACCGGACCAUCCUCAGAUCAAACAGGAACAGGAAGAAGUUGGAUCCGGUCAGGCCGGCCAGAGACCGGAGACCGACAUCUUCAUGGUGACGGUGAACUAUGACGAGAGUGAGCACAGCGAACCGGAACCCAGCAGCUCCCAGCAGUCCGAAGACUCCGACGAACCCAAACCGUUCGUCUGCAAGACGUGUGGCAAGAGGUUCUCCAACAUGUUGCUGCUCCACGACCACCGGGACACCCACCAGAAGGAGAAACCCUACUCCUGCCAGCUGUGUACGCGGCGGUUCGCCCGGCGGGACUCCGCCUUCCGCCACAUGAUCACCCAUACGGGGGAGAAACCCUUUCCCUGUCAGAUCUGUGGGGAGAAGUUUGGCCUCAACAGCCACCUGCUGCGCCACCUGAGGAGGCACACGGGCGAGAAGCCCUUCUCCUGCCACAUCUGCCACAAGCGCUUCAGCCAGAGCAACACCCUGACCUGCCACGUCAGGACCCACACGGGCGAGAAGCCGUACCCCUGCAGGGUGUGUGGAAAGGGCUUCGUGAGGCGCAGCGCCAUGAACAUCCACAUGAGGAUGCACACCGGAGAGAAACCCUUCACCUGCAAGGUGUGUGACAAAACCUUCAGUCGGGGGACGGGGCUGAGCUACCACAUGAGGACCCACACCGGAGAGAAGCCGUACUCCUGCAAGCUGUGUGGAAGAACGUUCCGGCAGUCCAGCCACCUCAUGUGUCACAUGAAGAACUUUCACCUGGACUGGACCCGAGAGAAGAGGUCUCGAUCUCCGAUAGAGGAGGAGGUCUAGAUCUACCAUAGACAGUAGAGCUCUAGAGCCAUGAACAAUAGUUUGCAGAAUGAGUCAAACUGAAUCUGGUUCUGAUUGAACCCGAUUCUGAGACCAAAUGGUCUACUGGGGGCCCAGGUGAACCAGAACUCGUAUAGCACAUCAUCGUGCCCGUUAGGCGGUGCUGUUAGCAACAGUGUUAGCAUAGCUACCUGUGCUACCUUCAUCACAGAGAGGGAGAUAUGGCAAACCUGUUUAUCAUAUAAUUAUGUUGGAUUCUUAAACAUAAUCAUUACUGAGUUGUUGAUGUUCUCCAGAACCUCCAGUCUUCCUGUUCCUUAAAAGUCCAGAUUUCUGUUGGAAGAAUCGACGCUCAUCGACCUCCAUGUUCCUCUGGACCCACCAGGUGAGCUCAUUGUCAGGUUCACCUGUCCUGCUGCUGAUCCCGUCUGAGCAUCACUACUUUGGUUCUGGUUCAGUUGGAUCCGAAUGAUCAGAGUGGUGAGCUUGUCGACUUCUAGCUGCAGAGCUCUAAGAUUAUCACUCAACUCAGAGAGACGGAAAAAUGAUUCAGAUAUUGAAAAGGUUUGAGGCUCAGCAGGAAGUUCUUCUACUAAUGAAAUGUUUCGGUGCAGAAAGGAGCCGUGGUUCCGGUACCAGACGGUGGAGAACCUCCAGUCAUCCACAGCUUAUUAAUGUUUGUAGAAAUAAAUGUAAAUAAUGACCAGCCCUGAAAGGUGGUCCAGUUCUCUGAACGGUCCCCAGAACCAGAACCGGCACAUAUUCAGGUCAGGGGAACCAGAGGUCCAAUUCUACCGGCUCCCUUGGAACCGACGUUUACACCUGCCGGAACCGCCCGAGGUGGUUCUGCUCUGCUGACACUAAUCUGACCAGAACCAGGUUCUGCUUCUGACCCGUUUACAUGGAUAUCUGGGUUCCUGUCUCUGAGGCAAAUGGACGCCCCCGGACUCACAUUUAUACCCCAGACAUCAGGAGGCAACCUGGGGCUAAGUGCCUUGCUCAGGGGCGCAUCGACACACGGCAGGAGGAAGCCGGAACUGAACCGACCCUGACCUGUAGCGCUACGCUAACACCUAGGCCGCUCAUCAGGCUGAAACCACGGCCACAGGAUCGGACCUCCAACCCGGCUGGGAACCAGUACCUGACGUCCAGGUACAGAGAAGAGAACCCUAGAAAAUCCAUCUCAGAACGUGAUGCUGGUGGCAGGCCAGCUGAACAGAACCAGAAGGUUCUGGAGGCAACAGACUGAAGCGCAGCAGAGUUCUGGUUACACUAAAAUAUUUAUUUAUGCCAUAAACAUGAUAGUGGAUAAAUUCUACAAAAUAACUUUGAUGAUGCCUGGUUGGAUCCGGGUCAGAUCCGGGUCGGAACCAGGAAUGGUCCGGCUGACGGUUUCAGUGUAAUAGUAUCAGUUCUAGUUAAAUGUUUUCUGUCUGGCCUGGAUGUCAGGAAGGCUUCAGCUCUUCAGGACUUUGGACCCAGCAGAACCGAUCAGAACCGGUCCUGUCCUGAUCCGCCAGCAGCAGGACAAGCGUCUAGAAACCCGAGCCGCUCCUCGGACGGUAACGGCUGCCCACAGGCUGCGUUGGUCUCCAUGGUAACCAGCAGACGGCGCGUAUUGUUUGGGUGGUUCCUACAGAAAUGCUCCAGCAGAAGCUGCAGGUUCUGUGUGGAUCUGGACCCGUUUUAGUGAAAACUCAGAAAGUUCUGGAUAUGCUAUCUGGGUUUCUAGAACCGUAGCUGGAGCAGCUCCUCCAGAGACACUCAUUCAAAUAUUACAACCUUUAUUCCAUCCAGUUUCUUUACAGAGGACUCAGAAUGUUUUCUAUCAUGUGCCUGUUCUAAUAUUUAGCAUCUAUGUUUCUGAUUGUAUUCAUGUGAGCUCCGGUUUGUGUUCUACUCUAGAUGUUCUGGUUCUGUGCUGUAGAACAUCACUAGAAAUAAAGUUUGUGGAGAAGUUGGACAUUAA